AUGGCUUUGCCAAAAAUAUGGGGUGAAGAAGCAUCAAUAAAACAAACUGAGAAAGAAUUAGAAUCAGAAGCAGUACAUCUUUAUCAAAUGCAACAUGAUGUUGAGAAUCAACAUAAAACACUACAACAGUACAUAGAAACACUUACGAAAAUCACAUUAUUAAGAGAAAAAAGGAAUCACAAUAUAAAAAAUAUUCAGGAAAUUGCACAACAAAGUUGCUUAAAAUUAAAAGAAGAAAAAGAUAAAAAGGAAAAGCUUUCUCAGAAAUUGAAAAAUUUAUUGACUUUUCAUUCUUGUCUUUCUAAAUGGGAAAAGAAUUUAAAUGAUCAUUUAAUAAUGUUUAAACAAAUGUCAUUACAAGAUGCAAGUAGAAAUAAAGUACUGGUUAAUAAAAAACAGCAAAGAGACUUUAUCUUGUAUCGAAUAAAAGAAGAAAUAUGGAAAAUUGAAUCAGAAAUAGCUUACUUGGAUGAACAAUUACAAACAAAGGAUAAAGAGAAAGAAAACGCUAAUAGAAUGAUAAUUGAUAUAAAUACAGAAUUAGAAACUCUGCAUACAGAACACAAAGGUUUACAUGGUACAUGGAAAUCUGUAGUAAAUAGUAUUUGUAAAAGAAAUAAUGUUCAUGAAGAAUUGCAUUUUGAACAAGAUGAAGCACAUAAAUUGUAUAGUAGAUUAUUAUUAGAAAUACAAAAAAUAAAAAAAGAAACAGAAAAGGAAAUGGAAAUUAAUGAACAUUUAACAUCUUUAUCAUUUCGAAUAAAUGAUAGUAUUAAAAUUGCAUCAAGAAUAAUAUCAGCAUGCAAUGAAAAAAUUACAAACAGUGAAUUAGAAUUAUUAAAUUUCACAAAAGUCAAUGAACAAACACAACAUAAUUAUAAUGUUGUUCUUACUAAAUAUCAAAGCUGUUUAUAUGAAGAAGAGCAGGUGAAUAAAAAGUUUCAAGCUAUUUUUGAACAAAAAAAUGAUGUAGAAAAUGCAAUAUUUAAAAAGUUAGAAGAAAAAGUUAUAUGUAGCAAAACGGCACAAUAUAUAAACGAAUUAUUAAUAAAUACAAAAAAUUCUGUAUUAGAAUAUGAAAUUUCAGUUGCACGUAUAGAAAAUAUAUAUGGAAAUAACAUUUUAGAACUAGAAAAGUUUACAAAUGUAACUGAAAACCAAAAAACAGAAUUGCAAGAAUUGUCACAGAAGAAUAUUGAAAAGGAAAAACAAAUAGAUGAAUUGCAAAAGGAAAUAAAAAAACAUGAAAUUAUGAUAGAAAAGACACAAACAAAACUUCAAGGAAUAAAUAAAUUUAUUGAUCAGAUAAUAUUAAAUAUUGGUGGAGAAGAUUUGAGUCCACAAGAUUUAAAAAUUAUCAGUUUAGAAAAAAAUAUGCAGAAACUUCAACAAAAUAUUAAAAAAACGCAGCAAUUCUGGAUGCGUCAACAAAGUUUUGUUGUUUCAUUAAGUCAACAGAGAGAGUCACAGUUACGAGAAUUAAAUCUCCUUGAAAAGGAAAUCAUGAUAAUGGGACAAAAAAAUUUUAAAUUAGAAUAUGCAUUGACAAUGCUUGCAAAAGAAGAGGAGAAUGCAAAUAAAAUUAUAAUUUCUCUCAAUCAAAAAUUGUUACGUAUAAAUAUAGAUUUAGUGAAACAAAAUGAUUUAAAAAAGGAAUUGGAGGAUAAAAAUUGUGUGAUUAAAAGUGAAUAUAUUUUGUCUUUUCAAGAAUUUGAAUUAGAACUUAUAAAAUUACAAAGUGAUUUAAAACAUUUGUGCACUGAUAAAAUAAUGUUAAAAGAAGAAUUAAAACUUGCACAACAAGAAAGUUUAUCAUGGGGAAAGAAAGAAAUUCAUAGAAUGGAAAUAAGACUUUUCCAUUUGAAAAAAAUUCAAGAAAAAUUGAUUCAUGAUAUGAAUCUCUGUAUUACAAGAAGAGAUAUUAUAGUUAACAAAGUAUUUGAUAAGCUUAAAAAAAAUCCAAAAGUAAAACAUAAUGAAAGGGUUGUAAUGCAUAAACGUUUAUCUGAUCAAAGAAUAAAAAUUAAACAACUUCAAAAGAUUGCAAAAGAAACUGAUAAUAUGGUAGAAAAAUUAAUGAACCAAAUAACAAGUAUUCGGAAUAAAGUAGACAAGUGCCAGGAGUUUUUGCAAAAUUUGAAAAAAUCUAUUAGCAGCAUAGAAGAUGAGAUUGCUCAAUUGGAAUUGUUAAAAUACCAUAAUUUACAUAGCUUGGUUUUUAAACAAAGAAAAGUAAAACAGUUACAUAAUGUUAAAAAUGGUGUAUAUAAAAUGGUUUAUAAAAGUGAAAAUGUGAUAGAAGAAAAUUUGCAAACAGAAUACUGCUGCAGGGAAUACUUAAAAUAUGUAUUGGAAAGAACUGAUCAAGACUUUCCAAUGUUAAAAGAUAGUAUAAAAAGAAUAUUAUUGGCUUUGCAAAUUUUUUAA